UGGCCACUCUUUCCAGCUUCUUGUGCAUCUCUCUUUCUAGCAUUACGAGCGCAUCUCCGACUCCAUAUCUCCUGUCAAUAUUGCCGCAGAUUCCGCAGUUUUCGCUGGCCGUUGACAAGUUGCUAUUCUUGGAGAGGGUAAAUAAUUUCCAUCGAAGUCACCCUUCUGACCCUGCAUCUCUAUCCCACAUAUAAACAUACAAGGAGGAAGAAUGAAAAGAAACACGUAGCAUGGAGGAGCAUUUUGAAGAAGUAAUUAAACAGGAGUGGUACAAAGAGGACUUUAAAACCAUAAUGUCUCAAAUUAAUGAACAGGAGAAUCUCCUUAGGCUCAAACGAAGGUGGUUAAUGGAUUUACCCUCGUCCAAAAGGGAACAACAACAAAUAGAAGAACUUCUACCUCCCAGUGAUAAGAUUCUGCCCGAGUCGCUGCUUAGGGAAGAUGAGGUAUGCUAUGAGAACAUCAAAACUUUUGUUGAAAAGGGUUUCGGUGUUCGUAAGUGUGAAAUGGAACACCAGUUGGCUCAAGAGGAUAUACAAAAUUUUGAUUUGUAUAAUGAUACGAAAUCGAAAUCCUAUCGCUCUGCUGCCAUAAAGGUACUGGAUGGACUUGAGGAAAUGCCUUUCAGAACAUUGAGUGCAAUGCAUAGGAAGCUGAGAGGUGUUAGAUACAGCCCUACAAUGCAGCCUCCUAAAUCUGGCUGGGGACGUGAUCGUUUAAUCAGUGUCGUAAGAGAAAGGUGCAUGAAAAUGCUCUUGGAACUCGAUGAAGGGGAUGAGACCCCAGAACCAUUAGCCAGUGCAUUGGCAGUAUCAGGCUUGACAUUAAAGCUAAUACAUAACAGUCCUUCUGUAAUAGACUUUCGGAAAUUUUCACCAGAGACAGAAGCAUUGCAAAAUGAUAUUGUGAAGGCUAUCUGGUUACUAAAUGAUGUAAAGAGAGUGAGCUUGAUUGAGCUAAAGAAAUUACAGUUUUUGCUGGAUCCUAGUACUGAAUUAUCAGAUAGAAGUUUCCGCAUGGCAGUAAGGAAUCUACUGACUGAUUAUCUAUUUGAGUGCAGUGAUAUGGACAAUGUCCCAGAUUGUUUACUUGAAACGCUUUCCAUUAUCAAUAGAAGAUCUCAACUUCCAUCUCGAAGAAAACAUGUAUCUUCAAAAGUACAUUCAUCUUCUCAUGAACUAAUGAAGGAGGAGAUAGAAAAUGAGGUAGAGUGUAUAUUAACUGCUAGCGCUCAGGCAAAACAAAUUGUAUGGGACUUUCUCUCUGAACAUAGACUAGACCAAGAUUUUGCCGAUGCUUACAUGGAGGGUUUUGAACAAAGUGAAAUGACCACUAGUUCUGAUGAUGACAGUGAAGAAGAGUUGAAUCUUCCUCAACUUUAUAGAUUUGGUUCGCACAAUCCAGAUGACCAAAUGGAAAGUAUCGGUGAGAUCAACCCGGUGGGGAGAAAUUCACCUGCCUCUACAAGUGAAUCAGAUAACUGUUCCCCAUUGCUUUCACCUAAUGAAAGCUUAAAUGUCACUCUAGAGCCUAUUCAUAUUAAUGGAGUGGAGUCAGUCGAGUCUCUUCGUUUGGUACAUUCCACUUCAUGUCUAGAAUCAAAGAUGUCUGGUGACAUGCAAAACAUGGAUAGAAAUCAGCACCCAUCAGGAAGUACUGGGGACCUGAGAAUGGCUUGUAGUAAUAUGCCGUUGACAGCUAAGAAAAAUGUAUCUACUCUACCUAUCUCACCGGAUAAAAAUUCAAGUUGGAAUGACGUUGAAAGUCAAGAAAUUUCAAUUAACUCAGCAGAAAUCCCAAAAUAUGAAUUUUCCGAGAACUUCUCAGGGGUCAAUAACCAGAGCAAGAAAGUUAAUCAAUACCUUGAGGUCCAAGAUGCUUGUGACAAGACUAUUAUGGUAGCAUAUGAUUUAAUUGGUUGUAUAUUGGAUGAAUACUCUAAGAUUGAAGACAGAGAAUUAUAUCAAGGUGACAAAUCAUAUCUCCGAAAUCGUGUUUCAGUUCCUCAGUAUUCUGAAGUCUCAAGGAAACAAAUGGCCUCUUCUAAGGAUGACAUCCUUGGUUCAACUAUUGUUCAGGCCAUUGAUGAGUUAAUACCCUCAUUUCCUGAAAGUGGAAAAGAGAAGUUAAUGAAGUUGGUGCGCAUGAUAUAGUCUUUUGUCUCUCUAUUUAUGGAGUCAUUAUUGCAUUGUAAUCAAACCAGACAUGAUUUUAGGGAUCUGGUUUAUUUAUAUGCCCAAUUUAUGAGCUAUGAGCGUUGGUUGGCAGAAUUCAGUGGAAGCAUAUGUAAGAUACCUGUAGAAAUGUACUUAGAACUGAUUGUAAGUGAGGUUAGGGAUUGAAGUUGUAAAUUUUUUUA